AAAAUGUGUGAUAAUAUUUGCUUAUAUCGGACACAUUUGUCCUUAGUUUUUAACCACAGAAAGCAAACCCAGACUGCUUAGGUAUCCUGAUGUACAUGAAGUCUCUUCCACCGCUCAAUACUGACACCUAGCGGUCACGUGAAUUAACACAUGGAAGUUCAAGAGAAACGAAACCGAAAGAGUUUCACUUUCCCAACUACAUUGAGUCAGCGUUUCUACCCUGUUGCUUAUAAAUACAGCCGCGCCUUCCGGUGGCACCUUUCAGUCUUGUUAGCCGUGAUCUUGUUCUCUGGAGUCGUCAUGGCGUCUGAUCAGGAUGAUGCAAACGUGUAUCUCAUUCGGCUCUUAACACCGAGGCUGCGGGAGCUUAUUGUGGUGCAUAGAGUCCUGGACCGGAUAGACUUUCUCCCGAACGUAGACCGGGAAAGGAUCAAACAGAAAGCGAGGACCGAGGGUAACGUACUGGCUGCGGAUCUCCUCAUCGGCGCCAUCACUAAGAAGCCUCACAGCCCCGGCUGGUUCAGGGCGUUUGUAGACGCGCUGAAGAACUCAGGCUUCAACCAUGCUGCUGACUGCAUUCAGGGGAAAUGCAAACCCGAGGAGGAGGCAGAGAGUGACUACUGUGUCAAACUAAUCCAGAUACUGUCGCCGAGUCUCGUGGAGAUGAACACGAAGGAAGUGUGUCUGGGAUGCUUUUCUAAAGAGCUGCUGAGCCAAGAGGACAAGGAGCUGAUUGAAGCCAAAAUACAAACUGAGGGACCCCAAAGUGGAGCCCGAGAACUCCUGAGCGCAAUAGUGAGAGGUCACACUCAGUGGUUCUCAACAUUUCUGGAUGUUCUGAGGGAAACUGAACACCAGUACCUGUAUGAGCUGACAGGAGGACCACCUGACUGUGAUAAGCUAGGCUCAGCUGAGAAACAGUGUUCAUGUAAGGAUGAAUCUACAGGAUGUGAUGUCACCAUGGAGGGGAGUCCGGCUGCAGCUGAGGGAAGCGACUGCACGGAGUAUAUGGAAGUGUGUGUCGCCGAGACUCCUGCGGAUGAAGACCUCUGCCAAGGAGUGAGAGUUGAAUUCACAUCCCAGUCAGAAAGUAUGGAGCUCUCGCAACCAGAUGGGGCUGACUCACAGGCAGCUCCCAGAGGCCCAGGGAGAGAACAUAUUGUUCUUCGAGAUUAUCAGAUGGACGUCGCCAGACCCGCCUUGGAGGGGAAAAACAUCAUCGUAUGCCUCCCGACAGGAAGUGGUAAAACCAGGGUUGCGGUUUAUAUUACCAAAACACAUCUGGAUGGCAGGAGGGCCGGAGGGCGAUCAGGGAAAGUGGUCGUCCUGGUUAACAAGGUUCCCCUCGUGGAGCAGCAUUAUUCUGCAGAGUUCUUGCCUUUUCUGAAGCACGAAUAUAAAGUGGAGAGAGUCAGCGGAGACUGCCAGCAGAAAAUCUCCUUCACAGAGAUCAUUAAGAGGAAUGAUGUCGUCAUAUGCACGGCCCAGAUCCUGGAGAAUUACUUGGAGAGGUCUAACGAAGGGGAGGACGAGGGGGUGAACUUGAGCGAUCUGUCGCUGAUCGUUAUAGAUGAGUGUCACCACACCCAAAAAGGAGAGGUCUACAACCACAUAAUGAUGCGUUACCUGAGGCAGAAGCACAAGAACUUUAGGCUUAAGAAGGAGCAGAAGAAGCCGGUACCUCUCCCUCAGAUCCUGGGCCUGACUGCCUCACCGGGGGUAGGGGACGCCACAAAAAUGAAGCAAGCAGAGGAGCACAUACUGCGGAUUUGUGCGAACUUGGAUGCUUCCAAAAUCAUGACAAGAGGCCUUGGAGAAUUCAGAAAAGACCAGCGGACAAAAAUUGUAACUGUUGAAGAUAGAAAACAGGAUCCGUUUGGGGAUGUGAUCAAAAAUAUCAUGAAUGCCAUUCAUGUCCAUGCCGGCCUGAGUCCCACCUGUGAACUCGGCUCUCAGAACUAUGAACAGUGGGUCGUUCAAAAGGAAAGAACAGCGGCAACCGAUGAAGACCACAAGGUGCGGGUUUGUGCCGAGCACCUUCGACAGUACAACGAGGGCCUGAAUCUUAGCAACACCAUCCGCAUGAGGGAUUCUUUCAGUUUCCUGAACAAAUACCACCAGGAGGAGUUAAAGCGGAAGUCACCGCCUGAGGAGGAUCAUAUCAUAGAAAUCACGGACACUGAGCGAUUCCUCUUCAACUUGUUUAAAGAGAAAAAGGAGGAGUUGCAGAAACUUGCAGAUAUUCCAGAGUAUGAAAACGACAGCCUGUCAAAACUAAGAACUAAUAUUCUGCAAGAGUUCACCAGCCGGGACAAGGCCAGAGGGAUUGUUUUCACCAAAACACGUCGGAGUGCCAUUGCUCUAACUCAGUGGGUCAUGGAAAACCCAAAGUUUGCUGACAUUGGGGUGGCAGCCUCUUAUGUCAUUGGGGGAGGAGACCAGAGUGUUGUCAAACCGAUGACCGCAGCAGAGCAGAAGGACGUGUUGAAAAAAUUCGGCAGUGGGGAAAUCAACUUGCUGAUUGCGACCUCAGUGGCUGAGGAAGGGUUGGACAUACCACAGUGCAAUAUUGUGAUCCAAUAUGGCCAAAUGACCAAUGAGAUCGGUAUGAUACAGGCUAGAGGCAGAGGAAGAGCUGAAGACAGCAGUUUCAUUGUGAUCGAGGUGAAGAACUCCUGGGUGGCUGAAAAGGAGUGCGUCAAUGAGUACCGCAUUAACAUGAUGAACAAAGCCAUUGACAAAAUCAAAGCCUUACCUCAAGCAGAAUACAACAGAAAGAUUGACGAGUUGCAGUAUCAGUCUAUCAUGGAGGAGAAGGUGAGGAUGACAAAGAAGAGGCAGAAGGACAUUAUGAACGAGAACCCGUCUGACGUGAAGUUCGUCUGCCGUGGCUGCAGCGAGCCAGUCUGUACUGGUGAAGACAUCCAGGUCGUGGAGAAAGUGCACAGAGUCAAUGUAACAACAGAAUUCAGUAAACUUUACAUUCAAACAGAAAACACCAGCCUUCGAGAGAGACUGCUAGAUUAUGAGACAAACGGCUUCAUUUCCUGCAAACGCUGCGGACAGCGAUGGGGCUCCAUGAUGAUGUUCAAAGGGCUCGAGCUUCCCUGUCUCCAUGUGAAAAACUUCACGGUGACCGUCAACGGAAAGAAGAUGAACAAAUGCAACAAGUGGAAGGAUCUCGCCGUAAAGUUUACUGCCUUUGACUAUGCUGAGCAUGCCAGCCGUGUGGUAGAGAGCUCUGAUGAUGAAGAAAUGUGAAGACUGUUUUCUUCACUGUGAGAAAAUCCAAAGUUAAACUGAUGCAUGAAGUGUUCGAGUGUUAUAAAAACUGGAGGGUUAGGUGUGUGCUGGGAAUAAGUGAAACUUCUCAAAAAUGUGGUUGUUAAAAGGCUUAAAUGUGAUAAAUGCCUUGGAUUGUUAAUAUGUGUGGCUGCACUGUUUGGGUGAUGCUGUAAGUUAAUUUUACAGCUAGGUUUCUUUUUUAAAAAUCUAUAAAUGUGAAAAAUUAGCUGGAGAAUGCAUUUUUUUUAAAUGUCUCAGCGCCCUGCUGUCUCAUGGGAUGGGAGCCACUGAGCCUGUCAUAGCCCCUCAGAGCCCACCUGUCAACAUGCAUGCAGACAAACAGGUGCUGGUGAUUUUCCAUUGAAUCCAACUGUUAGUGAGUCACUCCUGUUGAGCCAGGCGGAGCAUCUAUUUUUAGAAUUACUUUUAUAAGAAUGCAUAAAGAUGAGUAACCUGUACCAUCUUUGACAAGUACUGGAAUCACGGGCCUACAUGUGUGACCACUACCUGUUAUUUCAGUGUUAUUCAACAUGUGGCUCUUUAGUGAUGAUUUGUGGCUCUUUUAUGAAUUAAUUUAAAAUGUUAUUCCCCAGAAAACCUUAAAAAGGUCAAUUUGACCUCAGAAAUUAUCUAUUGCAA